GAGAAGUGGCUUCGCCACGUGCUGUUUUAACUGGUCAUGAUUCUCAUAUAACGAUGAUUUUUGUUUCUGCUGAACACGGACUUGUUCUCUCUACUUCAAAAGGUACAGAUUUUAAUUAUUUUGGUUCCAUCAUUACUGGGAAUGAUACAUUGGGAAAAAAUAAAACUUUGCUUUGUUCUCAUUCAGAUGGAACAAUUUUGAUGCACACAACUUUGGGAGAUCUUUUACGGCGCUUGGAAUUGGAUAAUAAUACUAGCAUUGGAAUAGGAAUAAAUAGUAUUAAUUUAUUACUUAUGUCUCGUGAUUGCAUUAUUCUCGUACUUUAUGGUAAUGAUAAUUUGAUCACCCAUACAACAAGCGGAAAACAACUCAAUUAUAUGAAAGCACCAGAAAAAUUAUUAUGCGGUGUUUUAUCACGUGAUGGUGAAUACGUUAUUGUUGGUAGUGAAGAAGGUCGUGUAUUAGUCUUACGUCUUUUCCCACUGCAAUUAUUAUAUACAUUCCAGCAAACGGAUAGUUCCAUUCGAAGUAUUGCUAUAACAUCGAAUCAGCGUUAUGUACUCGCUGGUCUCGAUUCGGGUGCAGUUAUAGUAUUCAAUAUCGAUUUCAAUAAAUGGCAUUACGAAUAUCGCCAUCGUUAUACGCUUCAUUAA